AUGGGAGUUCCGGCGUUUUACCGGUGGCUGGCGGAGAAGUAUCCUAUGGUGAUUGUGGAUGCGAUAGAGGAAGAGCCGGUGGUUAUUGAAGGCGUUAAGAUCCCUCUGGAUACGAGUAAACCGAAUCCGAACAAUAUUGAGUAUGAUAAUUUGUAUCUGGAUAUGAAUGGAAUUAUUCACCCCUGCUUUCACCCUGAAGACCGCCCAUCACCAACCACUUUUGAUGAGGUGUUUCAGUGCAUGUUUGACUAUAUAGAUAGGCUUUUCGUGAUGGUUCGGCCACGAAAACUGCUAUUCAUGGCUAUUGAUGGCGUUGCACCAAGGGCUAAGAUGAAUCAACAACGGUCAAGGCGAUUCAGGGCAGCCAAAGAUGCAGCAGAAUCAGCAGCUGAAGAGGAAAGGUUACGUGCGGAGUUUGAAAGAGAAGGCAGGAAUCUUCCACCCAAACAGGAAUCGCAAGUUUUUGAUUCCAACGUCAUUACACCCGGAACACCAUUUAUGGCUGUUCUAUCUAUUGCUCUGCAAUAUUACAUCCAUCUUAGACUAAACAAUGAUCCUGGGUGGAAAAAUAUUAAGGUUAUACUUUCUGAUGCGAAUGUUCCUGGUGAAGGGGAACAUAAAAUCAUGUCAUACAUUCGCCUUCAAAGGAAUCUUCCUGGUUAUGAUCCAAAUACCCACCAUUGUCUGUAUGGUUUAGAUGCUGAUUUGAUCAUGUUGGCCUUGGCCACCCAUGAAGUUCAUUUCUCAAUACUUAGAGAGGUUGUAUUUACUCCUGGGCAACAAGAUAAAUGUUUUCUAUGUGGUCAAAUGGGUCACUUUGCUUCAGAUUGUGAAGGAAAAGCAAAACGAAAGGCUGGGGAGUUUGAUGAAAAAGGUGAUGAAGAUGUCGUGCCUAAAAAACCAUACCAGUUCCUCAACAUUUGGACUCUUCGAGAAUAUAUAGAAUAUGAGAUGAGGAUUCCUAAUAUUCCAUUUCAGAUUGAUUUAGAGUGUAUUAUUGAUGAUUUCAUAUUCAUUUGUUUCUUUGUUGGCAAUGACUUUUUGCCACAUAUGCCUACUCUGGAGAUUCGUGAGGGUGCAAUUAACUUGUUGAUGGCUGUUUAUAAGAAGGAACUCAGGGUUAUGGGUGGGUAUUUGACAGAUGGAUGCAAGCCGAACCUAAGCAGGGUGGAGCACUUCAUUCAAGCUGUGGGAUCAUUUGAAGACAAAAUAUUUCAGAAAAGGGCUAGAUUGCAUCAGAGACAAGCUGAAAGAAUUAAGCGUGAAUCUCAUUCAAAAAGAGGAGAUGAUACCGAUCCUCAAGUUAAACCUCAAUCUUUAGUUCCAGUUGCUCGUUUCCAUGGUUCUCGUCUAGCUUCUGGUCCUUCACCUUCACCCUAUCAAAAAGGUUCUUCAACUUCUCUUGGACAUGAUCAACUGCGAGCUACCUCAAGUCCUUCCACCCUUGAAGUUCAGCACAAGCAAGCUGGAAAAUUUGAUAGUAAACAAACCUAUGCCCGUGCUCAGAAAACAGCACGUGUAGAUUCAGGGGCAACUAUAGGCUCUGCCAUUGUUGAAGCUGAGAAUAGUCUUGAAAUUGAAGCACGUGAAAACAAAGAAGAACUGAAAGUGAAGCUUAAGGAGUUACUUCGUGAAAAGUCUGAUGCAUUUAGUUCAGAUAAUCGAGAGGAAGACAAGGUCAAAUUGGGAGAACCAGGAUGGAAAGAAAGGUAUUAUGAAGACAAAUUCUCCGCAAAAACUCCUGAGGAACUUGAAGCAGUACGAAGAGAUGUUGUACUGAAAUACACAGAAGGGUUAUGUUGGGUUAUGCAUUACUAUUAUGAAGGGGUUUGUUCUUGGCAAUGGUUUUAUCCUUACCAUUAUGCGCCUUUUGCUUCAGACCUUAAAGAUCUUGGACAGUUGAACAUAAGCUUUGAAUUAGGGUCUCCAUUUAAACCAUUCAAUCAAUUGCUGGGUGUUUUCCCAGCUGCAAGUGCCCAUGCUCUACCUGAGCAAUACAGGAAAUUGAUGACAGAUCCAAACUCACCUAUUCUUGAUUUUUAUCCCACAGAUUUUGAAGUGGACAUGAAUGGUAAACGGUACUCUUGGCAGGGCAUUGCCAAACUGCCUUUCAUCGAUGAAGACCGUCUACUUGCCGAGGUCGCUAAGAUUGAGCAUACACUCACGGAAGAGGAAGCACGGAGAAACAGCAUGAUGUCUGACAUGCUUUUUGUAUCAUCAUCUCACACUCUCUCUCCAUAUAUAUUCUCUCUUGAGGAUCGCUGUAAGCAGCUGACAGAUAUAGAACGAGCUGGGACUAAGGAGCGGCUAGAUCCAGGAGCCAGUGGUGGGAUGCAUGGCUAUAUUUCCCUUUGUGCUGGGGAUCCUUGCCCUCCAAUUUUCAGAUCUCCUGUUCAAGGGAUGGAAGACAUUAUGGAUAAUCAAGUUGUAUGUGCAAUAUAUAGGCUUCCAGAUGCUCAUAAGCAUAUUACUCGACCACCCCCAGGUGUCAUCUUUCCGGAGAAGAUUGUGGCAAUAGGUGAUCUAAAACCAGAGCCUGUUCUUUGGCACGAGGACUCUGGGAGGAGGCCCAUGGAAAAUGGAAGGCAUAAUCAUAAUACCAAUGGAGCCAUUUCUGGUCGGCAUCUUGGAGAAGCUGCACAUCGACUUGUUGCUAAUAGUUUACAGGUAAGGGCAGAUGGAAACGGUCAUUCUGAUCAAAUAUAUGCGCCGCAUCCGUCUCAUACCAGUGCUUAUGUCCGGCACUAUCGUCCAUACCACCAAAAUCCGUACUCUCGUGACGAAAUGGUGCAAGGUACUUCAGGAUAUUCUCCUGGGAAUGCUGGAGAUCAUCACAGGUCUUCAAUCUCCACGUCUUAUAGACAACCCUUUGCUUCUCCUCCACAUAAUGCUCAUAAUAGAUAUAGUUAUCCUCGCAAUGAGUACACCCGACCUCAGGGUCGGGAUUAUCAUCCCCAAAAUGGAUACACCCGUCAGGGUAGGCAACAAAAUGGUGGACGCGGUUACCCUUCACAUCCUGCCCCGGAUAUGGGUCGAGCUCCAUUUCCUCCAGGCCCUUAUGUUUAUCAACAGGGUGGAUAUAGCGAUUUAGGUGCCCACCAACCUUACGUGGGUGGGAGUUAUAACCAUAUAGGUGGUAGCUGGGUCCCGCCAGUUAACCCUAGUGUUGGCCGAGGAUACGGUCAUCCUGGCCCAUCAGGUAACCAAUUCUCUGCUUUAGGUAGGGGAGGAAAUCGAAGACCUCCGCCUUCAGACCAUCGCAGAUAG